AUGGCUUGCCGACAGACCGCGAAUUGGCGGUUCGUACAACAUCCCGUGAUAAUUGAAGGCGAUGGUUGGCGGAUUAUGCAGAUCGGCGACGACAGACCGAUGCCGGAUGGACUGCCCCAAUCUAAGUGUGCGGCCCUUUUUCUGAGUGGCGACAACCAGCGAACAGAUAUCGAGGAUGUUGUUUCCGUCAAGCAAGUCGCCGGCGGAGUAGAAGAGGGCCUCGGUGUCCUAAAGCCAGAUGCGGCGAGCCUCGUCGCCGGAAAGUGGCGCCUCGAACAAGCGGUACUUCGUCGCCGGCCUCUUACUCCUCUUGCUCCUCGUCUUUUCUGA